GCAAGAUCCGCCUCCAUGGAUCCCGACCCUCCCGAAGCCUCGGUCGGCGUCGACUCGGUUCCGCCCCAGCCGCCCAGUGCACAAUCCGAGGCUGAUACCCGGGGUCUCAGCGCGGGGGGAAUCUCAGGCACCAUGAGCCAGGACACCGAGGUGGAUAUGAAGGAGGUGGAGCUGAAUGAGCUGGAACCCGAGAAGCAGCCGAUGAACGCGGCGUCGGGGGCGGCCAUGGCGGCGGGCGGCGCCGAGAAAACCGGUCUGGUGAAGAUCAAGGUGGCCGAAGACGAGGCGGAGGCGGCGACCGCGGUCAAGUUCACGGGCCUGUCCAAGGAGGAGCUGCUGAAGGUGGCGGGCAGCCCCGGCUGGGUGCGCACCCGCUGGGCGCUGCUGCUGCUCUUCUGGCUGGGCUGGCUCGGCAUGCUGGCGGGCGCCGUGGUCAUCAUCGUGCGGGCGCCGCGCUGUCGCGAGCUGCCGGUGCAGAGGUGGUGGCACACGGGCGCCCUCUACCGCAUCGGCGACCUUCAGGCCUUCCAGGGCCGCGACGCGGACGGCCUGGCGGCUCUGAAGGAUCGACUUGAUUACCUGAGCACGCUAAAGGUCAAGGGCUUUGUGCUGGGUCCAAUUCACAAGAACCAGAAGGAUGAUAUCGCUGGGACCGACUUGGUACAGAUCGACUCCACUUUUGGCUCUAAGGAAGAUUUUGACAGUCUCCUGCAAUGGGCCAAGAAAAAGAGCAUCCGUGUCAUUCUGGACCUCACUCCCAACUACCGGGGCGAGAAUUUGUGGUUCUCUACUCAGGUUGACACUGUGGCCACCAAGGUGAAGGAUGCUCUGGAGUCUUGGCUGCAAGCUGGCGUGGAUGGGUUCCAGUUUCGAGAUGUACAGGAUCUGAAGGAUGCAUCAUCAUUCUUGGCUGAGUGGCAGAACAUUACCAAGAGCUUCAGUGAAGAUAAGCUCUUGAUUGCAGGAACUAACUCCUCCGACCUUCAGCAGAUCCUGAGCCUACUUGAAUCCAACAAGGACAUGCUGUUGACUAGUUCAUACCUUUCCAAGUCUAACUUCACUGGGGAGCACACAAAAUUCUUAGUCACCCAGUAUUUGAAUGCCACUGGCAGUCACUGGUGCAGCUGGAGUCUGUCUCAGGCAGGGUUCCUGACUUCCUUCUUGCCGGCUCAACUCCUUCGACUCUACCAGCUGCUGUUCUUCACCCUGCCAGGGACCCCUGUUUUCAGUUAUGGGGACGAGAUCGGCCUUCAGGCAGCUGCCCUUCCUGGACAGCCUGUGGAGGCCCCAGUUAUGCUGUGGGAUGAAUCCAGCUUCCCUAACACUGCAGGGGCCAUGAAUGCCAACGUGACUGUGAAGGGCCAGAGUGAAGACCCUGGCUCCUUCCUGUCCCUAUUCCGACGCCUGAGUGACCAGCGGAGUAAGGAACGCUCCCUGCUGCAUGGGGACUUCCAUACACUCUCCACUGGGCCUGAACUCUUCUCCUACAUCCGCCACUGGGACCAGAAUGAGCGUUUCCUGGUAGUGCUCAACUUUCGGAAUGUGGGUCUCACAGCCAGGCUGGGGGCCUCCAAUCUGCCUGCCAGCGCCAGCCUGCCAGCCAGGGCUAACCUCCUGCUCAGCACCCAGCCAGGCCGUGAGGAGGGUGCCUCCCUUGAGCUGGAACACCUAAACUUGGAGCCGCAUGAAGGCCUGCUAAUCCGCUUCCCCUAUGUGGCCUGACCCUAGCCUGACCAGGACCCACUACCCUCCCCCUCCUCUCCCCCCCAGGCCCUUUGGGUUCUGGUUCUUCUCCCUUUUUUUA